UCACAAAAUUACAGGAUGGAGACAUGUGUCUCUCUUCCUGGUUCCUACUGCUGUAUAAACAGAAAAGGUCGACCUAAUAACACUUAUCGAACACCCAUGGCAACUCAGGUCCACCGGCCACAUCUUGUGGGGAUAUUCUUCUUACCGAACAAACCAUGCAUCCACAGUCGCAGUUGGCCUUCAUUUUCCGUAAGGCCAUGGCCACAACCCCAGAAAAAAUAUAGGAAAAACACCAGGGUUGGCUAUGUCCCCAGCAACAUUAAAGCAGUAGCAGUAGCAGUAGCAGAAGCAGAAGCAAGUGGAACCGAGAUUUCCACUUCUGUCAAGGCAACUGCAGGAGUUACCAUGAAAUCACCAAACUUGCUUGGCGGAUCACUCCUUUUAGAGCUUGUUAGUGCAGAGCUUGAUCCUCAGACGGGAUCACAGAAGAAGCCGAUUAACGCGAAUGCUCACCAAGUACUCCCAAAGGAUGGCCCAGAGGGUGGCCCAAAGGAUGGCCCAAAGAAUGGCCCAAAGGAUGCGAUUUUUGAGUCAAAAUUUGUGAUUCCUGGUGACUUUGGGGAGAUUGGUGCAGUUCUAGUGGAGAAUGAACACUCCAGUGAGAUCUACCUCCAGCAUAUAAUCCUCGAUGGCCUCCCAAAUGGCCCUAUUAGAUUUCACUGCGGUUCAUGGAUUGAGCCCAAAUCUGAUAAUUCUAGGAAGAGGCUCUUUUUCACCAACAAGUUAUACUUACCAUCACAAACACCAGAAGGCUUGAAGAACUUAAGAGAAAAGGAACUUGAUAGUUUGCGAGGCAAUGAUGAAGGAGAGCACAAGACCUCUAAUAGGAUCUAUGAUUAUGACGUAUAUAAUGAUUUGGGUGACCCUAACAAUCCUAAAUUGGCGCGACCGGUGCUUGGUGGCAGCAAACAAUAUCCAUACCCUAGACGAUGUGGAACUGGACAUCUACAAUAUAAGACUGAUCCUUGUUCAAAGAUGAGUAACAGCUUCUAUGUGCCAAGGGAUGAAAAAUUCUCUGGGGUGAAGGAGAAAUCAUUUAGAGGAAAGACAAUAGAAUGCGGGUGGCACGCGGCAAUUGCGCAUCUAGACAAUCCAACAAAGAGUGAAUUUCUAUACCUCUCAGAUAUAUUCAAAUUAUACUACGAAGGAAUCAACUUGAGUAGUCCUGUGAAUCGAGGAUUUUGGCAACGGGUUUGGAACGUCUUGCUUAAUGUUAAAGAUGAUUUCCUGAAAUUUAAACCCCCUGCACUGUUUCUCAAGGACAAGUUUUCUUGGUUGUGGGAUGAAGAAUUCUCACGCCAAACUCUUGCCGGUAUUAACCCAUGUAGUAUAAAGUUGGUUACGGAGUGGCCAUUAAAGAGCACACUGGACCCUGAUGUCUAUGGUCCUCCUGAGUCGGCAAUCACCACAGAGUUGGUCGAGCGAGAGAUAAGAGCCUUCAUGACUAUUGACGAGGCAUUAGAACAAAAGAAGCUAUUCAUAAUAGAUUACCACGACUUGUUAUUACCAUAUGUGAGCAAAGUGAGGCAGAUCGAAGGGACAACACUGUAUGGUUCCAGGGCACUUUUUUUCCUAACCCCUGACGGCACCUUGAAGCCUCUAGCCAUCGAACUCACGCGCCCACCAAUAGAGGGGAAGCCACAGUGGAAGCAAGUUUUCACUCCCACAUCGGAAUCUACAGGUCGCUGGCUAUGGAGGUUAGCCAAAGUUCAUUUCCUCGCUCAUGACUCCGGUUAUCAUCAGCUUGUUAGUCACUGGUUGAGAACUCACUGUGUAACAGAACCUUACAUAAUUGCAACAAAUCGGCAACUCAGUGUAAUGCACCCCAUCUACAGACUAUUACAUCCUCAUUUCCGGUACACAAUGCAUAUCAAUGCUCGUGCUCGAGAAAGUCUCAUCAAUGCGGAGGGGAUCAUUGAGUCUUCAUUCUCACCCGGCAAGUAUUCUGUGGAGCUUAGCUCAGUAGCUUAUGACCAGCAGUGGCGGUUUGAUAGGGAAGCCCUGCCAGCAGACCUAAUAAACAGGGGCAUUGCUGUUGAGGAUCCAGAUGCUCCCCAUGGCCUAAAGCUACUGAUCGAAGACUAUCCUUUCGCCAAUGAUGGUCUGAUCCUUUGGGAUGCCUUAAAACAAUGGGUUGCAGACUAUGUCAAUUACUACUACAAGGAUGCGAGCAUGGUACAGUCUGAUCCAGAGCUCCAAGCAUGGUGGACGGAAAUCCGAACCAAAGGUCAUGAGGAUAAAAAAGAUGAACCAUGGUGGCCAAACCUCCAAACACCCGACGACCUCAUUGGAAUUAUCACAACAAUAACUUGGGUAACCUCUGGUCACCAUUCCGCAGUCAACUUUGGACAAUAUGCUUUUGCUGGUUACUUCCCCAAUAGGCCUUCCAUUGCUAGAACCAAUAUGCCCUGUGAAGAACCAACAGAAGAAGGAUGGCAACGAUUUUUGGACAAUCCCAAUUCUGAACUCUUGGCAUGCUUCCCUUCAAAGCUACAGGCAACAAGGAUUAUGGCCACUUUAGAUCUGUUGUCAGAGCAUUCCUCAGAUGAGGAGUACAUAGGAAAGGAUAGGAAGCUAACAUGGGAUGAAGAACCGGUUAUAAAGGAAGCAUUUAACCGGUUUUCUGCAAAGUUAGAGGAGUUGGAAAGAACUAUUGAUGAUAGGAAUAAAGACAACAGUUUGAAGAACAGAAACGGAGCUGGGGUGGUUCCAUAUGAGCUCUUGAAGGGAGUUCCAUACAGCAUCUCCAUUUGAAGCUAUAAUAUGUAGAUGUAGCUUUGGGAGUGAAGUUUCAAAUCCAUUGUAUGGUAGAGAUAAUAACUGACGUAACAUCCAUGAGACAUUGGACUGAUAGUAAGUAUUGAAUAAGUGCAAUGGAAUCUAUUGACACGGAGUCAACAAUAA